AUCUAUUUUGUAACAAAAUCACAAAUAAAAAAGUAUGCAAUUAUGAAUGCAAGGAGGGCCCUUCAUUAUUUUAUAGAACAUAUUACAGUUGUUUUUUUUUUUUUUUUUUUUGUACUUCAAACAGCAUCUGAAUGCAAGUUGGGUCCUUCAUUAUUUUAUAGAACAGUUGUUUUUUGUUCAAAUUUCAAACAACAUCAAUUCUUCUUCAAUUUUUUUCUCCUCAUUCUUUCUUCCUCUUCUGUUCAAUCUUUAAGGAUGAACAACCUAUAUUUUUACGUAGGGAUCAUCGGCAAUAUCAUUUCAGUUAUGAUGUUUCUCUCCCCAGUGAAAACUUUCUUGAGAAUAGUUAAGAAAGGAUCAACAGAAGAGUUUGAGAGUCUUCCUUACAUUUGCACUUUGCUGAAUUCGAGUUUAUGGACUUACUACGGAAUUACAAAACCAGAUAGUUACCUGGUCGCAACCGUCAAUGGUUUUGGAGUUGUUGUAGAGAUUGUUUAUAUCUCCAUGUUCCUCAUUUAUGCUCCUCCAAGAACAAGAGCGAAAACUGCUAAGAUUGCUGGAAUAGUCGAUGUGGUGGUGUUUGCAGUGGCAGUUUUUGUGACACAGUUUGCGAUGGAAGGAGAAAUGAGGAUUAAUGUGAUAGGCUUCAUGGGUGCUGCCCUUAAUGUAGUUAUGUAUGCUUCCCCUCUUUCUGCCAUGAGGCUAGUGUGGACGACUAAGAGCGUAGAGUACAUGCCAUUUUUACUUAGCUUCUUCCUAUUUCUUAACGGCGGGGUUUGGUGUUUGUAUGCGUUUCUUGUGCAAGACUGGUUUCUCGGGGUACCAAAUGGGAGUGGAUUUGUCCUUGGGUUUGCACAGCUUGCACUCUAUUCAAUUUACAGAAAAUCUAACGUUACCUCUGAUGGCUUAGACUAUGGAUCGCAGCACCGUCACCUUCUCUCACCAUCCACUUCAGACCACACACACCCAGUAUGAUGAACAAAACACACAUACACAUAUAUUUAUUCCUAAAGCAAUAAUCAAAAAGAUCAAGGAGGAGUUCAUGCAGUUGAGACACAAAGGAGAAACCAUUGAUAAGAUCACGGGGAUCUUUCUCGAUAAGUUGAAAUUUUGUGGAUAGUUGGUAUAGUUCGGCAUAUUAGUUAAUGGCGUCUGUCUUUAAUGGCUACUAAUUUGUAUGCUUCUUACCCAAUGGGUUGAUGGUCUAUUGACAAAUGAAAAACCUUUAAAUUACACCUAGGUUUGGUCUAUUGACAAAUGAAAAACCUUUAAAUUACAGAACAAAGAGAUUAAAAAGAAUUUGCUGUGAUUUGUAUGUUUGUUGUUUUAUAUUCUUAAAAUACUUUUUAUAUUU